AUGAAAGUGUGCGUUGUUGGUGCUGGUGUAAUAGGUCUAUCCUCAGCAAUAAGAAUACAAGAAGAGGUUCUAGGAUGUGAUGUAACUCUUAUUGCUGAUCGGUUUUCUCCGGAUACAACGUUUGAUGGUGCUGGUGGUAUGAUACUGGUCUUUGCUGCUGGUACAACCCCUGUGCAGUUACUGAGGAAAUGGUCUUUAGAUACAAAAGCUCACCUUGAAUCACUGACGAGGUCAGCUGAAGCAUCCGAAGUGGCAGUACAUUUAUUAUCUGGUUUUCAAAUGGGUGAUGAUGAAAAUAAACAGUUCUCUAAAUGCCCAGAAGUUUUAUAUGGAGUAAGAGAUCUGAGUCAAGAGGAAAAGAAAUGGUUCCCUUCUGCAAGAUGGGCAAAGUUUUUUACAUCUAUUAAAGUCGAUUGUACAUCGUAUUUAGCUUGGUUAAAACGAAGAUUUGAGAGAAAUGGUGGAAAAAUAACCAAGAAGAAAAUUCAUUCUCUAUCAGAGUUAUCAGCAGUCUAUGAUAUCAUUGUGAACUGUACAGGAUUGAAUUCAAUAGAUCUUAUUGGUGAUAAAGAACUGUCACCAACUCGUGGAGAGACGAUAAGAGUAAAAGCACCAUGGAUUAAACAUUUCUAUGCCAAUGAUGAAAGUGGAAAUCUGGCGUAUGUUAUACCAGGAAGUAAAAAUGUUGUUCUUGGCGGCACCUACCAAGAAGGAAACUGGAACAUGCAAGCGAGUAAAUCAGAUAGCACUGGUGUAUGGGAAAGAUGUUUAAAACUUGUUCCAAGCUUAAAGAACAGCGAAAUAGAUUAUCAUUGGGUUGGAUUGAGACCAACAAGAACACAGAUUAGACUUGAAUUAGACGAAACCACAUCUUCUAAUUGUCCCAUUAUACAUAACUAUGGACAUGGUGGUAGUGGCGUCACUCUACACUGGGGAUGUGCAGGGGAAGUUGUCAAACUGGUAAAUCACGUACUAGUAAAGAGGAAUAAGGCGAAGUUGUAG